UCUAAAUUUUUCAAAAAUAAAACAAAAAAUGGACAUGUCUUCAGCGGCUGCUUUUCUGGAUGGAAGCUCUAAUGGUGCUUGUGGGAACAAUUCUUCAGAGCCUUUGACUAGUUUAGAGGUUGCAAAAAAACUGGGACUUAGCAAUCAAUUUGCGUUUGCUCUAGAUUGUUUGCCAUUUCGAGAAGAAGAAACCUGUCCAAUUUUGGUAAUCGACUUUCUCCAAAUGGAUACUGGUCAGAAGGAGAUGGUUGUCAAUUUUUUGCUCAAUUAUGGUGGUCAUCUAAUUGGUACGGGAGGGCAUGCUAUCGGUUUCUUGGAAUGGACAACUCUUAUGGAGGCUAAUCUCAGUUUGCGUCGGGCUCAUCCUGAGGUUUUCUACGAUGAGAAUGGUCGUCAGAUGAAUGGACAGGCGAUUUCACGAAAUCAAACAGCUUCAACUGUAAUUCUUACACCAGAGACUGAAAAGAAAUGGACAUUGACAGAGGUGCCGCAAUUCUUUGAGUAUUGA